CCACGAUGACAUCUCCAAGGCUUUCCUCCUAUGUGACAUGGUUGUUCUUGUGGAAAAUGGCUCAUGCAACUGAUAUGAAAUUGUCCUCAUUGGUGCAUCAAGACAGAGGUUUUGUAUCGGCUAAUGUUGGAGACACAAUGACUUUGCGGUGUUUCUAUAAUAAUGAUGAGCCAGCAUGGCUUUACUGGUAUAAGCAACCGCUGGGAAAGAACCUAAAUCUGAUCUCCAUCGUCUAUGUGUUUGAUAAAAAACACGUUUUUUACCAUGAAUUCAAGAACAAUACACGCUUCACCCUGGAUACUGAAAACAGAAUAAAUCACUUGACAAUUUUGGAUUUGCACAUUUCAGACUCAGCAUCCUACUACUGCGCAAUUAGCACUGCAUUUAUGUUUACUUUUGCCGAAGGCACUGUUCUCAGUGUACAGGGUUCAGGUUUUAAAGUCCCGGCUUUGGUCCACCAGUCAGAAUCUGAGUCCAUCCAGCCAGGAGGCUCUGUGACCCUGAACUGUACAGUUCACACUGGGACCUGUGAUGAACAACUCAAUGUUUACUGGUUCAAAGACUCUGAAGAAUCUCAUCCAGGACUAAUUUACACCCAUGGAGGCAGGAAUGAUCAGUGUGAGAGGAAACCCAACACACAAACACACACCUGUGUCUACAAACUGCCGAUGAUGGACCUGAAUCGGUCUCAUGCUGGGACCUACUACUGUGCUGUUGCCUCGUGUGGACACAUACUGUUUGGAAACGGGACCAAGCUGGACUUUAAGGAUGAGGUGGACUCUCUUGUCUUGGUGUAUUUCUUGAGUGGGGCUUUGGUAUUCACCAACAUCCUGGUUGUUUUAAUCCUGGUUGUUUUACUCGGUAUUUCGAUCUACAAGGUGAACAAGAAAAACAGCUGUCAGUGUUCAGAGUCUCACGUAAGAUCAUCAACUCCCUCUCCAGCAAAUACCGAGGGUAACCGAAACGCAGACAGCUCCCCUUAUGCUGCUUUAGGUUUCAACCUGCCUAACGAAUCAAGGAGACAGAGGACCAGCACCCAUGUUGAAUGUGUGUACUCCAGCGUAAAGCAGUAGAACCGGACAUGUUAUAAUAAAACUGGAUUUAGUAUUUAAAAUGUGGUGUAGAUAUAGAAGUAGAUUUUGAGAUAUAUAUGUAUGUAUAUUCCUUGUGGUCUUCAAUCAAAUGAUGCAUCCCAGUACUAGGAAUUAUUUUCAUAUUUACAUCUCACCAUUUACAAUCGAUGCAAACGUUCCGUUGCAGGAAAUGUGCCCUUUAUGUAGUUAGGCAGCAAGUAUGGGAGGAAUUUGGAAGUAUGUGCUAUUGUAUUUUCCAUUCUCUGUCAUUAGUGAUCAAAUAAAUAAUAAAG